UCAUCAUAGGCUAAUUAAUUAGUUUUCAUAGGUUUUACCAAAUAUUAGGCUCUACUAAUGAAUAGAUCCAUUUUUUUCAAUAGAUAUAAAGAGAAAUUAAAUCAAAAACCAGCAUAUGCAUUAUGCAUUUGCAUUAUUAAUGGCUAGUUCUUCGUCGGGAUCUAGUGAUCGCUCGCCGGGGAAAAGGAUUACACGACGGACCUCCAGCGGUCGUGCUGAUGAUGAACAAAUGUCGUCCAUAUUAAUGUCAGCAAACAACAAGUCCAUGCAACUAAAAAACCAGCCAACAGACUUCGAUCACCAACGUUGGUUGUUUGAAAGCAAAGGCAGGUACGGUAUAGGAAAUGCUUGUUGGCAUGAUGACGAUAAGCCCGACCUUAGAUCUGGAACAAGCUUUGCUGAUUUCAUGGACAAGCCUUGGAAGCCUCUCACCCGCAAGACUGUCGUUCCAGCUAGCAUCCUUAGCCCAUACAGGGUACUCGUGGGAAUCAGAUUAAUUAUACAGUUCUUCUUUCUUUCUUGGAGAUUACAGAACCCGAAUUUUGAUGCAAUGUGGUUGUGGAGUAUAUCAGUCUCAUGUGAGAUUUGGUUUGCAUUCUCGUGGUUGCUAGAUCAGCUGCCAAAGCUAAAUCCUAUAAACCGAGCAACAGACUUGGUGGCUCUCAGAGAUAAGUUUGAGAGCAAAUCUUCUACGAACCCAACUGGCCGGUCAGAUCUCCCAGGAGUGGAUAUAUUCAUCUCAACUGCCGACCCUGAUAAAGAACCACCUCUAGUUACUGCUAACACCAUUCUGUCUAUCCUUGCGGUCGAGUAUCCUGUCGAGAAAGUCGCUCUCUACAUCUCCGAUGACGGUGGCGCCAUCCUCACGUUCGAGGCAAUGGCCCAGGCUGUCAGUUUUGGCCAUAUUUGGGUACCUUUUUGCCGGAAACACAACAUUGAACCCAGGAAUCCUGACAGUUAUUUCACACAGAAAACAGACCCAACAAAGAACAAGAAACGACCUGAUUUUGUGAAAGAUCAUCGUUGGAUCAAGAGAGAAUAUGAUGAGUUCAAAGUAAGAAUCAAUGGUCUUCCUGAUGUGAUACGAAAACGUUCUGAGAAGUACAACUACAUGGAGGAAAUGAAAGAGAAAAACCUCCAUACACAGAAGAAUGAUACUUCAGCUUCGUUGGAGCCUGGUCAAGUCCUGAAGGCAACUUGGAUGGCAGAUGGUACACAUUGGCCAGGUACUUGGUUGAACCCAGUAGCCGAUCACAAGAAGGGUGAUCAUGCUGGAAUUAUACAGAUAAUGAGCAAGGUACCAGAAUAUGAACCUGUAAUGGGGGUGGAAGAUGAACAAAAACUAGAUUUUACGGACGUGGAUAUCAGACUUCCUAUGUUUGUCUAUGUCUCGCGUGAGAAACGUCCUGGUUAUGACCAUGAGAAGAAGGCUGGAGCCAUGAACUCGUUGGUUAGAGCAUCAGCUAUACUCUCCAAUGGACCUUUCAUUCUCAACUUGGAUUGUGAUCAUUAUAUUAAUAACUCCAUGGCUAUAAGGGAAGGUAUGUGCUUCAUGAUGGAUCGUGGUGGUGAUCGUGUCUGCUUCAUACAGUUUCCACAAAGAUUUGAAGGCAUUGAUCCUUCCGAUAGAUAUGCCAACCACAACACAGUCUUUUUUGAUGGAAAUAUGAGAGCUCUGGAUGGUCUGCAAGGUCCGGUGUAUGUAGGAACAGGUUGCAUGUUUAGACGGUAUGCACUCUAUGGUUUCAGUCCACCUCGAGCAAUCGAGUACAGUGGGAUUGUCGGUCAGAAGAAAAAGCCCGCUGCCACCCUCUCUCCAAGUGACUCAUUGCAGGCAGUGCAUGAUCAAUACGAUGACCUUGAAACUGCACCUCGAAACGAAGAGCAUCCUGAUUUAAGCCUCCCCAAAAAGUUUGGGAAUUCGACUUUGUUUGUUGAUUCUAUAGAAAUUGCUGAGUAUCAAGGGCGGCCACUUGCUGACCAUGUGUCUGUCAAAAAUGGUCGCCCUCCAGGGGCACUACUAGUCCCACGUCUUCCACUUGAUGCACCCACUGUAGCUGAGGCUAUUGCUGUUAUUUCUUGUUGGUAUGAGGAGAACACUGAAUGGGGAGAGAGGAUAGGGUGGAUUUACGGAUCAGUAACAGAAGACGUGGUGACAGGUUACAGGAUGCACAAUCGUGGCUGGCGAUCAAUCUACUGCAUAACAAAGCGAGAUGCAUUCCGUGGGUCAGCACCGAUCAAUUUGACUGACCGCUUGCACCAAGUGCUCAGAUGGGCCACUGGAUCAGUCGAGAUCUUCUUCUCAAAAAACAAUGCAUUUUUAGCCAGCUCGCGUCUCAAGUUCUUACAACGCAUAGCAUAUCUGAAUGUCGGUUUAUACCCAUUCACAUCUAUAUUCCUUGUUGCCUACUUAUUCCUUCCAGCACUCUGCAUGUUCACAGGGCAAUUCAUCGUGCCAAACAUAGAUUCAACAUUUCUAACGUAUCUCCUAGUUAUGACUAUUACCCUCUGUCUCAUCUCACUCCUUGAAGUUAAAUGGUCUGGAAUAGCCCUCGAAGAAUGGUGGCGCAACGAGCAGUUUUGGGCCAUCGGUGGAUCGAGUGCACACCUUGCGGCUGUAAUCCAAGGGCUGCUAAAGGUGACAGCAGGAAUAGAAAUCUCGUUCACUUUGACAUCCAAAUCAGCAGCUGAAGAUGAAGAUGACAUAUAUGCCGAUCUGUUCGUAGUGAAAUGGACAAGUCUGUUUAUAAUGCCACUUACCAUCUGCGUUACAAACAUCGUAGCUCUGAUAAUGGGGACUGCAAGGACUCUAUUCAGUGUGAUUCCGCAAUGGAAUAAGCUUGUUGGUGGAUCUUUCUUUAGCUUUUGGGUGCUGGCUCAUAUGUAUCCGUUCAUGAAAGGUUUGAUGGGUAGAAAAGGAAGAGUGACAACCAUUAUCUAUGUCUGGGCAGGGGUGCUAUCAAUUACCGUGUCUUUGCUAUGGAUUACUAUCAGUCCGCCAGACGACAGUGCUAGAGUCUAGUCUAGAUGCUAUUAUAUAAGGUUAAGGUGGUUGUCUUUCCUACGUACUAGAUUGAUAUAAAGGUGUGAGAUUUUCUGAAGGGGUAAAAUGUAUGUAGUAGCAGUAGUAACGCAUAUGGGCAGUUGAUUUGUUGUGUAGUAAAUCAGGCGUUGAUAUCCUUUCGCUCUUUAUAUAUGCUUCCA